AUGGGUAGCCUCGCGCGCUCUCAGACAGUACAGAAGCUUGGCUCUUCGCAACUGCUUGGAAAGUCCCCAGUUGCAAGCAAGGGCGUUCUGCUUCGGACAGCCUCAGGGUAUGAGGUCGCAUUGGUGGCACCGGAGCACCUGAGAGAGUUGCAGUGCAGCGUUUGCCACAACCUCAUCCAGGGUGCGGUGCAUGCGCCAUGCGGCCACUCCUUUUGUCAGGUUCACCUCCAAGGAGAAGCAGGAUCCCAGAAUGAGCUGGAGAUUCAAGCCAGUCGCUUGAGGGAGCUCACAGAGCGUGGCUUUUCCUUGGAGCGUGCACGCCAAGCGCUGGCGGCGGUGGGUGACGGCUCGAUAGAAGAGGAUGAGCUAGAGAUUGAUCCUGACACUUGGCUGCAGAAUGAGGAUGCGGCCUGCUACGUCUACUUGGUGGAUGGUGUUGCCACAGUGGUCGCCAUCAAUGGUUGCCAAGCACGGCUGCUAAUCAAAGAAGGCGCAGUGGAUGAAAGCAUAGAUCCCAUCGAAGAUGCCAUCCUUCGGUUGAAGAAUGGUAAGGCCAGUGAGGAGACAUUGGCACAGCUGCAUGCUAUGCUCAAGCAGCUUGCUGAGUGCACCGAUACAUCAGAGUACCGCCUGAUGUUGCAAUGCAGGGAGUUUUCCAGCUUCAUCAACUCCUUUGGCAGCUUUGCUAUGCUCCGUGCUGUGGGGCUCCAUGUGCUGCGCUAUGCGCCUGACCGCUCUGUCUACAUCUUCGCCCCGGCGCCGGGCGUGCAGGAUGCAGCGGUUCGUGCACAGGUGGCCCUGGACGGACUGCACUUGCACUUGACGUUGCCGGAACCGAAGGUUCCAGAGCAGCAGCUGAGAUAUCGCGUGGUUCUGCAUAUGGAUCCAGAGUUUUUUCAAGCUGGGAUUCCGGUAGAUAUGGUUUACCAGGAUCAGUUGCGCUCGUUGAUCAUCCCUGCCAUUGCCCCUCCUAGAGAGGGCUGGGCGUGGCCGCAGCGAGGCUGGUCCGGUGAAGAUGCCAUGGUGGCCCAGAUGCGGAGCACUCUGCCUCAAGGUUCUGCUGAUCUUUGCCGGGAACAAAAUCACGAACAAGCCACCAAAGUAGUGGAGAGGCUUACGGCUGCGGGUCUUAAAGCCACCGUCGAAGAAGGCCUCGCCGGAGAUCCCAUGAAGGAAGCCUCGCUGGAGACACCCAGCGGGUGGGUGGGGUCUCUGGCGCGUGGCAGCCGCGUGCGCUUCAAGGAAGCUGCCAGGUCUGUCCUGCCCAACAGCAUUGACCUCACGAGCGUAGGAGUGAUUUGCGAUCAAGUGUAUCAGCUUCAGCCGGAUGGCUCCCGGGACUUGCAGUACUAUGUGUGUCUGCCAAAGGCCCUGGCAAUGCCAUCGGUGAGUGUCAGCAUGUUGGAAGCAGCACCUGCAGCGGAGCGCAUCCAGCCAGGAGUUCGCGUGCGAGUGAGUCCUCCUGCUGGACGAGACCCUGCCUAUAGCUGGGGCCGCAUUCAGAGUAGCGAUGUAGGAGUUGUGCAACGAGUUCAUUUGGACGGCAAAGUGGAUGUGUUUUUUAUGUCCGAAGAGAAGAUCUGGAAUGCAGCGCUGCAGGAUCUUGACACUGAAAACCUGCCGAUGACGCUGCGGCCGAACUGCCCUGUGUGUGACCGGCCUUUCCCUUCAGGACAACAGCUGAACUUGGACAUAGCGAUGGAUGCCCAGAUACGAAGGAUGAAGAAGCUCAUGACUGGUGCACGACAUGAGCUGAACUGCGAUGUGAAAGCGGUGGUGCCCACGCGCUUCUUGCGUUGCUGUGUGAAGUUCCGAGGUUUGAUGAAUAGGACGUUGAGAACUGCCGUGCCACUCUUCCAGACGUCGCUGCAGGAUGAGGAUGGCAAGGGUGGGCAGUCGGUGGAGGGCUUUGAGCUCCACGUGAACCGCAUGCUGGAGACACAGGUGAUCCGCUUCUUCCAGGACGAGGUUCAGAGCCGCAUCGGUGAAGUGGCCAUGGAAGUCUGGGAGGUCAUUGAGCGUCGCCAAGAUAGUGCCUUGCGUCGCUUGCGGAACUUCCUGGAUCAGUUCCGAGCACCAGGCGCCAUUGAGCUGUUGAAGAAGCUGGAUGGACCCGAUGCACCGCUUCCCAAUACGAAGCCUAGCUCAUUAGGCCUAAGCCAUCUAGCUACGCUGCAGGCAAAAGGUUGCUCUUUUCUUGUGGCGUCCCGGUGCGGUCGCCAUUUGACAGUGGCGCCGGAGCCUGAGUCCUUGCAGGGCACGCACGCUGCCGCUCCGCUCCUUUCGGCUUUCUCCCUGUCUUUGCCUUCCUUUUUCUCCUUUCGGUUCCUCACUGUCUUUGAGAGUGGUGGCCUUCUCGACUACCACACCUUCCUCGUCUUCGAGCCUCUGCUGAGGCUGCCUGAGGUCCUGUGCAGGCCUCCUCGCUUGCUUGCUUCGAAGCCGCCGAGCUUCGACCUUUUGGCUGUGGCCGCCUUUUUGCCUUUGGAGGCUCACUUCGGGAGCCCAACUUUGUCUAAGGACUCCGGCCUUGAAGAGCCCUUUGUUUUCCUUGCACCGCACUUGCAUAGCAAGUGCCCACUUGGCCUUAGGGAGAUGAGCUGGUGGUUGGCAUCUUUGGAUCCAGAGCAGUGCAAGAAGUUCAACAUCGCGGCCAAAUGGGCCUUGAGACAACAUGGAGUUGUCAGAGCCCGCUGCGAGGAGUUCGACCCCAGCGACCUCGAGGGGACCAAGGAGGAGAGCAUGGAAGACCCAGAGAGUGGUGAGAAGAUCAUCCGGGUCGAAGCAAAUCCCUUCGCUGGGAUCGAGAAGCUGAUGAACGCCCUGGAGUCGACGGUGGGCAAGUCCGCCUUGGACCGCAAGGGCGAGCUCAGAGCCCAGUUCUACCAAGAGAUCAAAAGAAAUCCAGGCGAGCGGAUCUCAGCUUUCUGCACUCGCUACCGCACCUUGGCGGCAGAGCUCAAAAGAGAAGGAAUCCAUCUUCAUGAAGAAGAACUUGGAUGGAUGUUGAAAGAAAGGUUGGGACUUGACCCCAUCCGCAAGCAGCUGUUGGAAACAGCAUUGGCUGGCAAAGAGGCCUAUGAUGUGGUGGAGACUGAGUGUCUUCGACUUUUCCGUGACCUCCACACGGCAGAUCCUCUCCACCGGUCUCGACAGCCUGAGAAGCCUCCUCUCUUGCAGAGGUACAUUCAGUCCCACAAUGGACAAACUUCGUCAUACAGAUCCUCUUCGACCUCGGCGAGCUCUACAGCACCUUCCUCAGUGAGGUCCUUUCGCACUCAAGGAUCUCAAGGCAGUCGGCCGCCCUUUCGAAGAUUUGGGAGCAACCCCAACUCCGGGCCUCCACGACAGGCCUAUGUGGCCGAGCUGCCGGAAGAAGAUGAUGCUUCUCCAGAGGCUGACGAAGAAGAGCUGGUGCCAGAUGAAGAGGCAGGCCCAGCAACCAUAGAAGAGGUCCUUCAAGCUGAGGCCGAACAAUUGGCCACUGAGCUGCAAGAGCUCGAAGAGCAGGGCUGUGACCCCAAUGUCCUGGAUGAGCUUGAAGCCGGCAUGGAACAGGCAGCAGAGAGUCUGGCCACCAUGCGUGAAGCCCGCUCCAAGAUCCAGGAAGUCAAGAAGGACAGAGGAUAUGGCAAAGCAGCUCCUUUUGGCCAAAAGCCAAAACCCCACGGCAACCAAGUGCCGAAGCAGAAAGCAAACACACGCUGCUUCGACUGUGGGGAGCCUGGCCAUUGGGCUGGUGACGCCGGUUGUCCAAAGCCGGGUGCAGGAUUGGGCAAGCCAAAAGGCAAGGGCAAAGGCCUUCCUCAACAGGCCAAACAGGUGCGGGUCGCAGAGACCUUGAACACCGAACAUCUCCUCCCAGUUGCAGAAGAAGAUCCCGAUGCUUUGGCAGCCCAUGAGGUGAUGGCCACCUCAGUUGAGUUGAAAGCCCAGUUGAGCCUCAAGGAGGCCUUGAAGGUUGAUGGCACCGCCACCCUGGCUUCGGACAAGCGCUUUGUGGGCGCACUCGACUCCGCCUGCAACAGAACAUGUGCUGGCAGCUUGUGGUUGUCGGUGUACCUCCGGGCCUUGGAGAAAGCGCCCAAAGAAAUCCAACAGCUCAUCCAAACGGUGGAAGAGGAUGAGCUUUUCAGAUUUGGCAAUGGGGGCACCCAGCGAAGCACAGUUCGAUAUCGACUUCCCAUGAUGGUGGGUUCUACAUUGAUUUUGGUAUGGGUGAGCAUCGUCCCUGUCGCCUCCCUCGGUUUGUUAUUGGGCCGUGAUUUUCUCUCCGGGAUCGGUGCUGUUUUGAGUUUUGGGAGAAGGAAACUUCGGGCCGACCUCGUCAAUGGGGAGAUGAUCGACCUCGGUCAAUUGACGGCAGGCCAUUUUUGCCUCACCUUGCAGCCGAAGAGCUGGCCUCGUCCGGACGCCCAACGCUGGAGGAAGAUGGGUCAAGAUGGUGUGAUAGAGCUUCAGUUGAGCAGUUUGGAUUGGUGGUCAAAACAGCUUCGUUUUCGGUUUAGUCAUUUUGAUGAGUUUCCCAUGUCAGUUGCACCUCAUGAGCACUUGAUGACGGAGCACGGCAUCAAGGCCGCCAUGCAGCCCUCCGGCAGAGCCUUCGAGACCUACAUGCAGAACCCCGAGAUCCACGACCUGACGGUCGGCGAAUACAGCCAUCAAAUCCUCCGAUGGCGACGCCUCAUCCUGCGCUUCCGCGCAAAGGCUCGAUGGCACGCCCAUGGCUUGCUCUUGUGGCUUUAUCCACGGCCGCAACUGCGGUACGCUCCAUUACCGUACCCAAGCAUCUCCCACACGCAACAAUGGGCGGAACAAGGAGCAUCCAUGUGGAGACAGGAGCCUCGAGCUAUCCCUCAGCAGCAUCAUCAACGAGCGAUCCACUUCCAGGCGUACUCCACUCAGAACCUGCACGAACUUUCACAGUUCAGGAAUCGCCUUGGCCUCGAAUUCGCCUUCAUGGAGGACAAUCUCCUUCAAGGAAUGCUGGCAGCCAGAAGCGGAAAAGGCAUCAAACAGCAGUUGAAGAAGGAAGCCAUGAAGGAAGCUCAAGCAGCAGCUGCAGAGGCGACUCAAAAAGGCGAGCAGGUGGAAGCAGUCCGCUCACUGAUCGGGCCAAGAGGCGGUUUGCCGUCUUUGAAGUCCGAUCUACUCAAACUGGCAGCUUUGCUGAUGAUCCCCGUCGACACCAAGAUGACCAACGAGGAGCUCAAGAACGCCUGUCGGCCUAUAGUCGCAGAACUGCUGGCAAAGGGUCCAACCAAGGCCAAAACAUCAAGCAGUUCGACUUCACGAAGCUCAACGGAUCAUCCUCCGAUGACCAAGGCUCCAAGCGCAGUUGGCGCUUACCAGAAAGCCGGCUUCCCGACUCCAUCCAAGGCUCCAGAACCAGGCAUUUCGGCCUCAGAAGUUCAGCAACUGUUGGCGCAACAAGAACAACGCUUCCAGAGCAUGCUGAACGGGGUGUUUCAACACAUGAUGACACCCGGAGCCGUCGGUGUGCCGCCCAUCAGACAAGCUCAAUUGAUUUCUCAAGCUUGGCAACGCCAUGAGCGCGAUCGCAAGCUCGUGUCAUUGGGCUUCAAGGAAGUGAAUGAGAUCUACCAGUCCGAAUGGGAUCGCGACUUUGACGCCUUCCAGCAUGGAGUGUUUGUGACCUCCCUCGUUUUUGACUUUGGAGACACCAAGCACUCCGUCGAUGGCGCCCAUUCGAAUGACAUCCUUACUGUGAAUAAGGCCUCCGAGUCUGUGAUGCCCAAGACCCUGGUCUCCGAGAUCUACACCACCACGGAGCGAGUUAUGAAGUCAGCCAAGAAGAAAGGGCACAAAGUUGGUUCGUCUUUGUCUCUGGAAACAGGCUGGAAUUUUUGCAAGAAACUGGAUCGGCAAGCUGCUCGAGCACUGGUGGCGAAAGAACUCCCCUACUUUUUGGUGCUGGCCUUUCCUUGCACCUUUUGGAGUGUGUUGAUGAACUUGAACCCUCCAACCAAUGCUGAGGAGCGCUACCAGGAAGCCAUCACCUUGCUGCGCUUUGCUAUCCAACUGGCUAUGGACCAGCGAGAGCGUGGUUUGCACUUCAUCCUUGAGAAUCCUCAAAGCUCAAGGGCAUGGACCUUAGAUGAGAUGAUCCAAGCCUUGGAAAAGUUAGAAGCCAAAACAGUUGAUUUCCAUCAAUGCCGUUUCAAGCUCACCGAUGUGAACGGCAACCUCCACCGCAAGGCGACGAGAAUCGCCACUUCAAGUGAUUUUGUCAUUGCGGAGCUCGAUGGCAUGAAAUGUUUGGGGAACCACACCCAUGCUCCAAUUAUUGGAGGAGCUUCCAUCAGUCAACGAGCUGGACAAUAUCCUUGGGCGCUGGCGCAAGCGCUUGUGAGAGGGAUGGAACGUCAGUUUGAACAUGAGUUCAAGCAGCCUCACUCCACCUUGGCCAUCGAGGGUGAAAACCUUGAAGAUGAAGAAGCCCCUGCAGGACCUCUGCAGGAAACCGAUGACAGCGGCUCUGAACCUGGCGGUGAUGUUCAGUUCGAGGAGCCUCAAAAGGUCAGUCAAGGUGUGAAGCAAGCUCUACGGCGGCUACAUGAAAACACUGGCCACCGGUCUCCAAAAAGGCUGGCAAGAGCUUUAGCUGUGGCAGGUGCACCUCCUCAAGUUGUGCAUGCAGCACGACACCUCAAAUGUGCCCUAUGUGAUGAACAAAAGGCACCAAAGGCACGUCGACCGGCGAGCCUUCCUUCGCCAAAGGACGCAGGAGAUCAGGUACACCUGGACAUCUUCGAACUCUUUGACAUCGAAGAAAAGCGCUUCUAUGUGAUUCACGCCAUCGAUGCUACGUCAAGAUUCCAAAUGGCUGAAGUCUUAGAGAACAAGAGCAGUGAAAUGGUGGAGCGCUUCAUGGCUACAAAAUGGCUGCCUAUACUCGGACCUCCACGAGUACUGGUGGCAGAUCAAGGCAAAGAGUUCGUCUCCCAUGCUUUUGAAAGCUUCUGCAGCAAGCACUCUAUCUACCUCCACCACACAGCGAUCCAAGCUCCAUGGCAGAACGGCAUCUGCGAAAGAGGUGGAGCAGUUCUGAAAGGCCUCACACGGUCAGUCAUCAAGGCACACAGCGUCCUCGGCAAAGAUGAGAUGGAAAUAGCUCUACAGGAAGCCGUGAUGAGCUACAACGCGGACGUCACUGAUGCGGGUGUCUCUCCUUGUCAGGCCGCCUUUGGACGUCAGCCCAGGAUGCAUGGAGAUUGCCUCGGAGAUUUUGGACGUCGCCUUUCAGAGCACUCCCUGAUUGCUUCCUCUCCAAGCUUGGCUCGCCAAGUGGCAAUGCGCGAGACAGCGCGCUUAGCAAUGCUUCGCUUGCACUUCAGCAGAGGCCUUCGAAAGGCCGAAGUGGCGAGAUCCAGAUCAUCUACGGUGACUUCGCUGCAAGGCCUUGAACCUGGAAGCAUUGUCUACUUCUUCAGGCAGUCCAAGUACAACAACAAGACAGCAGCUUCCCGAAAGAAACUGAGUCUUCGCCGAUGGCACGGACCUGCCCUCCUCGUGGCCCUCGAGAACAACAAUGGCUAUGUGAGCUACCGAGGACAACUCUCAAAAUGUGCCCUCGAACAUCUUCGACCAGCAAGUUCCUUGGAACAGGUGGCGAGUUCAGUUUGGGAAGAUGCCAUCCAAGAAGUGAUCGAGUCAGCAUGUCAUGACCAACAGCUGGCAAGACCUCAACCAAAACUGACGGCACCUCCGCAACCAAGAGCAGACGAUGAGAUCUCGUAUGAGCCGUCUGAACCACCAGGAGACCAAGAACGUGAUAAAGAACUCCAAGAAGACCCUCCUGACCUUCCUCCAGUACACCCUCAAGAGAUGGUGAGAGCGCUAGAAGGUAAAGCAGAACAGAGUCAACCAGCUUGGUCACGAAUGACUUCGUCACGCCCGGGAUCUUUGGUGUCUCAAUCUCCCUUUCCUGAGGCGGUUCGCCAAGCCUAUGCUCAACGAAUGUCAAGGCAAACUUCCCUGGACGUGGGAGCUGGCGGCGUGAAACGACCAGCUGAAGAAGUACCUCCGGAAGCCGAAGCAUCAAAGAAGCAGGCGCAAGAAGAAGCACCUGAACCUGUGCCAACACCGGUGGAACCUCGACCCUCCACGAUGGCGCAUGAUGCACUGAUAAUGUCCCAUGAGGUGAUGGAAACUAUGGCCUUUGCGGCUGUGCACCCUCUCCGCCAACUACAAGCUCAAGUGGCGCUGGAUCAUCAACACCCAGCAGAAGCACAAGUACCUGAUCACGGUACCUGGAGAGGAAACUGGCCAUUGCCUUCAAGGACAGAGUUCAAGCGGCGUCAAGCCUUGCGACAAUUGUGGCCCCUUGGCAAUGAGGAUGCAACGCGUGAAGUUUUGGCAGUCCUCACGGCUCGCAAAGAACGCCCAUGGUCCACAAUGAAUGAAGAUGAGAAAGUUGAGUUCAGAAAAGCUGCCACUAAAGGAUGGUCAGUCUGGAUCGACAAUGAUGCCGUGGAGAUCCUCCGGAUGAUGAAGCUGGUAGUGCCAGGCUAUGCUGAUGUUGAGGCCUAUGGCAUUCGUUGUGAUGCCCCAACAGCAAGCAGGACAUCUCAACACCUGCUGCUGACUUUUGCUGCCUCCUUGGGAUGGUCAAUCUGGUCAGCCGACAUCAAGUCUGCCUUCAUGAAGGGUGAGGAGUUCGGGCCGAAUGAACGAGUGCUCUACCUCGCCAACAUCAGGGCCAAAGCCAGUGAUGAACCAUUGCUGCCCUUCUCUGUUGAAGCCAUUCUAGAGAUCCCGGAGGUCGCCAACUUGCGGAAUUGCAUGGACCUCACUGGGCUGUUGACGGCAGUGCAGGCUGGCAACGUCGAGAUCAUAGAGCUGCUGGUUCAGCACAAGGCCAAUCUGGAGGCUAGAACAGCCCACAGUGGCCUCCUGGUUUCCAAGGCUGGAUGUGCGAAGGUGAAUGGACCAUACCAGCAGGUCGGUGAAUUCCGCGGUCGACCGCUAUAUGAAAACCUUUUUGGUGCAGUUAUGUAUUGCCGCGAUUGGUGGAAGAUUGGCCUCUCGAGAGAUGCUAUUGACUCGGAAACGGAGCGGGAGCAGGGUGGUUGGUGGAGUAAGGAGCGGUUCUUCUACUCGAUGCCUGCUCCACAUGAAGAGACUGCUGAGCCGCCCAUGGGACAAUGGACCACUGAUGGCACUCGACGAGAGGCAGAUAACAUCGUGCCCAUGCCACCCCCCGAAGGUGGAGUGGAUCUCCAGAGCGGGACAGGCAGCGACUCCGUUGUUGCUGGCGGCCCAGCUGGGCCUUGGUGGUGUUGUGGAGAAGUUGCUGCAGCUGAAAGCAGAUCUUCAUGCACGGCUACCAUCCACCGGGCAGACGGCCUUACACUUGACGGUUGCUCUUGGCGACUUGGGAGUCCUACGCGUGUUGAAGGCUGUGGGUGCUGA